UCUCCUCGAAACAGUCCCCCGCUCCCCUUCGAAGGUAUCCAUGCUUCGGAGCCUUCAGGUUACGUUAUCGUCGACACACACGCACGUUUUACGAGGUACACUCCGGCUAAUUUUAUGCUCGCGAGACAUGUCGUCCACGGUAGGAUACCGAAUUCUCGCGAGACUGACCAGGGGCAGAUUGCGCGGCUUGCCAGCGCGUGUUUUCAGCAGCUCCGCGGAAAGCGCCGAGUCCACGAGUAGCGUCGCCCCAGUUGCGCAGCCGGGGAAAAUUCAAGCCGCGUUGCUCAAGGAGUUCUCCAGUCCCCUCGUAAUAGAGAAUCUGGAGCCGCCUAGGAGGACACUGGAGACCGAAGUCCUCAUUGACGUUCACUAUUGCGCAUUGAACGUUUCCGACGCGCUUCUCAGUCAGAACUUGCACACGUUCGAGCCGAAACUGCCGAUGAUCCUCGGCCACGAGGUCGUCGGGCAGCUGGUCGAGGUUGGCGCGGAGGCGGAGAGGAACGGCUACAAGGUCGGCGACAGAGUUGUCGCCCUUAACAAGGAACGAUACGGCGGCUUGGCCGAGCAGUGCUUGGCCGAAGUCGAGGAUAUAUGGAGGGUGCCCUCUACGAGGUCGGCGAGCUCUGCUGAUCUGGCGAGUAUCCUGGACAGCUACGUCACUGCGUUGGUCGCGUUGGAAAGAAAAGUCAGCGUCGACGAGGACGACAUGAUUCUAAUAAACGUCGGCGUGAGCGGCGUCGGCCUGGCAGCGGUGGACCUUGCGACGAAUGUUUUCAGGGCCAAGGUCAUUGGAGUUUGCGCUACAGAAAGCUGGGCCGACCGGGCUCGGGAGAUGGGGGCGUUCGCGGCUAUCAAGUACAGCGAUAAGAAGCUGUUGAAGCAGAUAAAGGGCAUCGCGGCCGAACGAGACAUCAAGGCCAUCUUCGAUGACGAGGACGGGGCGCAUUUCAAGAAAAUGUUGGAUUGCUUUACCGACAUUUACAAAGACGCAACGUUAAAGGACUUGUUGCGCAAUGACAGUUUCGCCGUGGUGGUGCAUCACUUGUCCCGCGAAGGGCGCGUGAUCGUAGCUGGCACAGCAGCGACCGUGGCGGAUCGUUCGGAGGUGCAGAAAGGCUCCUUCAGCGUCACCGGCUUCGAUCUCGCGGAGUACAAACAGAAGAAGCCCGACGUAUAUCGCCAAGCGGGCGAGGAUGUUCUGCAGUUCCUCGACGAAGGUCUCAUUGCGCCGUCCUACUCGCUGGUCGCCGGUAUGCACAAAGUCAACGACGCUUUGCGGUCCAUUUCUGAAAAUGUACUUCCGGGGAAAGUCGUCAUUGACAUGAGGGACAAGGAAGCUGAGGUAAAAAAAGUGGCCACGUGAUCGGACUCACGCGACUUAAUGAGUUUUAUAAGCGUUCUUCAUAUUCUGCUACAUCUUGAAGACGAGAAAAGCACACUGGCAGUGCACAGUGAUGUAUAUCUUACGUUUUAUAAAUAGGAUAAAUAUUACAUAAGCGGAAUAUAUUAAUGUAGAGACUAAGACUGUUAAUAAAACGUUCUUUUAUAAAA